AUGUUAUAUAAAAGUCAAAAGGGUGCUGGACCUGAUCCCAAAAUGUCAUAUAAAAGUCAGAAGGGUGCUGGACCUGAUCCCAAAAUGUCAUAUAAAAGUCAGAAGGGUGCUGGACCUGAUCCCAAAAUGUUAUAUAAAAGUCAGAAGGGUGCUGGACCUGAUUCCAAAAUGUCAUAUAAAAGUCAGAAGGGUGAUGAACCUGAACCCAAAAUGUUAUAUAAAAGUCAGAAGGGUGCUGGACCUGAUUCCAAAAUGUUAUAUAAAAGUCAGAAGGGUGCUGGACCUGAUUCCAAAAUGUUAUAUAAAAGUCACAAGGGUACUGGACCUGAUUCCAAAAUGUUAUAUAAAAGUCAGAAGGGUGCUGGACCUGAUCCCAAAAUGUUAUAUAAAAGUCAGAAGGGUGCUGGACCUGAUCCCAAAAUGUUAUAUAAAAGUCAAAAGGGUGCUGGACCUGAUCCCAAAAUGUUAUAUAAAAGUCAGAAGGGUGCUGGACCUGAAUCCAAAAUGUCAUAUAAAAGUCAGAAGGGUUAUGGACCUGAUCCCAAAAUGUCAUAUAAAAGUCAGAAGGGUGCUGGACCUGAUCCCAAAAUGUUAUAUAAAAGUCAGAAGGAUGCUGGACCUGAUCCCAAAAUAUUAUAUAAAAGUCAGAAGGAUGCUGGACCUGAUCCCAAAAUGUUAUAUCAAAAUCAGAAGGAUGCUGGACCUGAUCCCAAAAUGUUAUAUAAAAGUCAGAAGGGUGCUGGACCUGAUCCAAACAUGUUAUAUAAAAGUCAGAAGGGUGAUGGACCUGAUCCCAAAAUGUCAUAUAAAAGUCAGAAGGGUGAUGGACCUGAUCCCAAAAUGUCAUAUAAAAGUCAGAAGGGUGCCGGACCUGAACCCAAAAUGUUAUAUAAAAGUCAGAAGGGUGCUGGACCUGCACCCAAAGUGUCAUAUAAAAGUCAGAAGGGUGAUGGACCUGAUCCCAAAAUGUUAUAUAAAAGUCAGAAGGGUGAUGGACUUGAUCCCAAAAUGUUAUAUAAAAGUCAGAAGGGUGCUGGACCUGAUCCCAAAAUGUUAUAUAAAAGUCAGAAGGGUGCUGGACCUGAUCCCAAAAUGUUAUAUAAAAGUCAAAAGGGUGCUGGACCUGAAUCAAAAAUGUCAUAUAAAAACUCAAUCAGGGACUCUAGAUCAGAGAUCAACAAAACUCAGGGUGCACCUGAUCCAACAUUUAGUGUCUGCCCUGACCAGAAGUCAUGUAUCGAUUUGUCACUAGAGCAGCUCAACCAGGACUUCAGAGACGAUGUACAGAGAAUCAG